AUGCCACCCGAUCAUAUGGAAAAAUAUAAAAGAUUACUUUCACAGGAGCCGAGAAUCGAUGACAAAUAUGUGAUUAUUGAUGUUAAAUGGUUAGAACAUUGGAAACGUUUUGUUGGUAUUGAUAAAUCAGAUGAAGAACAAGUAACUGAACCAGGUCCAAUAGACUUCACAACAUUAGCCGAUUCCACAGCAGCCAGCAGUUCCAAUGAAGUUCAACUUCGUUCAGAUGCUGUUGAACAAAAUGAUUAUACCUUUAUUCCAUACGAACUUUACAUAGAACUAGAACAGACAUAUAAUAAAAUCGGUCCUGAAAUAAUUCGUAAAGUAAUCCCACAAGGUCCAUUUCAAACUGUAAUUGAAGUUUUUCUUGUACCAUUACGACUUCGUAAAUCAAGCGAUGACAAUGCGAGAAUAAAACAAAUUUAUCGUAGCCGUCGAACAAAAAUAGAAGAUAUAAAAAAAGAAAUUUGUACUGAAUUUUCUAUUCCAGUACGAUCAAACUAUCGAUUACACUCAUCAGUGGAUGAAAAUGGUCAAAAGUGGGAACUCGUUGAUGAUGGUCCAGAUUCAACUCUUGAAGAUAUCAGUUUAACAAAAAAUGCAUUUAUCAUAUAUGAGGACCGACCAUUAGCACUAGAGACAGUUUCUUUAUCAAGAGCAGAGUUUACUCCUGGACUUUGUGGUUUAUCAAAUUUGGGCAAUACUUGUUUCAUGAAUUCAGCUUUACAAUGCUUAUCAAAUGUUCCAGCGUUAACAAAAUAUUUUCUUAGUGACAAAUAUAAAGAACAUAUAAAUCGUGAUAAUCCAUUAGGUAUGAAGGGUGAUGUUGCUAUAGCAUAUGGUAACCUAAUACAUGAAAUGUGGUCAGGUAAUACAGAUUUUUGUGCACCAAGAUUGUUGAAACAAAGUGUUGCAAAUUAUGCACCACAAUUUAGUGGUUAUUCACAACAAGAUUCACAAGAAUUUAUGUCAUUUUUACUUGAUGGUUUACAUGAAGAUUUAAAUCUUGUCAAAGCAAAACCAUAUGUAGAAAAAAAAGAUGAUGAUGGAAAAACUGAUGAUGUAACAUUAGCUAAUGAACAAUGGGAAUAUUAUCGAAAACGAAAUCAAUCAGAAAUUCAAAAUAUAUUUUAUGGACAAAUCAAAUCUCUUGUACAAUGCCUUACGUGUGAAACAAAAGCACGUACAUUUGAUCCAAUCUGUUUUUUAAGUUUACCAUUACCAGUUAAAGCAAAACUACGAGAAUUUAAAAUCGACUAUGUUCGUUUAAAUGGACAAAUUAAAACUUAUCAUAUAAAAUUUAACGAAGAUGGUCAUGUAUGCAAUUUAAUUCAACAGUUUUGCGAUCGUUUUCAAGAGAAAAUGAAAAAAAUGCAUCAAAAUGAACCUAUGAUAACUGAUACAGCAUCGAAAUCGGGUGAAACUAAUCAAGAUAAAGAUGACGAAGAAGAAGAAGAAGAAGAAGAAGAAGAAGAAGAAGAAGAGGAAGAAGAUUUUACAAAAGCAGAUGACUAUGAUGGACAUAAACCUAAACCAGAUUAUAUUUUAGCUGUCGAAGUUUACAAUCAUAGAAUUCAUUUACAAUAUAGAGAUAAUGCUCCGUUAACAAAUAUACUUAAAUGUGAUCAAGUUGUUUUUUAUGAGGUACCUGAUUCGUUAAAAAAUCAAGAUAGUGAAAAUAUUUUAAUUCCAUGCAUAUUUCGAGAUGACGAUUAUCACUACUAUUUUGGUUUACCUAUUUAUCUUAGUGUACCAAAACAUAAUUGUAAAGGAAGAGAUAUUAAAGAAGCAUUACAGAAAAAAAUCAGUAAUUUUCUUCCAUUAACUUCAACGAAUUCAUCAGAUAAACCAUCUUAUACUGCUUCAUUGACAAUUAACCAAAAUUUUAAUCCAACAACCCAAUCAUUAGAAUUACUUCUUGAUGAGCAUAUUGAUUUUACGCAUAUAAGUAGAACACUUGUGGUUGAUGUUGCAUUAUCAAUUGUUGACGAAUAUAAAAAACGAGAAGAUGAAAAACGUUCAGGAAAAGAUCCUGUUUCACCAAUGAUCUCUGGUGUUCAAACACGUAAUCAACAAAAACGAACAACAACAUUAUUAGAUUGUUUUAAAUGUUUUACAAAAAAAGAAGUGUUAUCUGAUGACGAUCUGUGGAAAUGCCCACAAUGUAAGGAAUUAAAAAAAGCAACAAAAAAGAUUGAUAUAUGGCUUUUACCCCAAGUUUUAAUUGUACAAUUAAAACGUUUUAAUUAUACACGUUAUUUUCGUGAUAAAAUUGACUUAUUUGUUGAUUGUCCAAUACGUAAUUUAGAUUUAUCACAAUUCGUUUUAAAUCCAGAUGAAAAAUCAAAAGCAAAAUAUGAUUUAAUUGCUGUUAGUAAUCAUAUGGGCUAUUUAGGUGGUGGGCAUUAUACAGCACAUGCAAAAAAUUCUAAAGAUAAAAAAUGGCAUACAUUUAAUGACUCAUAUGUAUCAGAAGUCAAUAAAGAUAGUGUCAUUGCUCUUGAAAAUAGUCGUAUUAUUCGGAAUAAUAAAAUUAAAGCUAAAAAAAAAGAUAAAACUAUUCUAUUAACAUCAUAUUCAAUGGCUGAAUGGGAUGUUUUAUGUUCACAUUUAGCAAUUAGAAUUCAUGAACAAUUAAAAUGUCUUAGUACACCACAAGAUUAA